UAGACAUUUUAGAUCUACAGUACUGUACUCUGAGUUUCCCCAAAAUCACAAAGCUCAAUCCUUUUCCUUUGUCUAUUUGAUCCUAGCACACUCAAACAAAUACAACCCUGACAGAGUGCAUUACCAACAAACCGAGCAACAACCAAAAACAGCCAAAUGUCGGAACUGUCCAAGCUGGACUAUCUCAAGCGCUACAUGAGCGGACCGGCGGCGUCGUCGUCGUCGUCGUCGAGCAUGGCGGACGCAGACCCAGCAUCAUCCAAGCACAAAAAGUCAUCCAAGCACCGCUCAUCGUCCCAUAGCAAGAGCAAGUCGUCGUCGUUGUCGUCGUCGUCGUCGUCGAGGAGGAGCACCGGCACGAGCGGCGGCGGUGGGAUGAGAAUGAUUGACGUCGACGAGCAGCUGGACGACUUCCAACGCAAGCGCGGCGACGAGUUCAGCGAUGAUGAUGACAGUGUCCAUGCAAGUCGCAGCGGCGGCGUCGGGUUGCUGGCUGGCCGAGCAGAGCACGACGGAGCGACGAUCGUGACGGACGUCAACGCGGCGUCGCGAUGGAAGCCCGUCGCUGCGUCUGCCCAUGACGACAACGACAACGACGAUGGUCACAAUCACCAUCAUCACGAUGAUGACGACGACGAUGCUGACGACGCCCCGGCGAUCGUCGGGCUGGAUCCGAGGCGGGACGCUGCGCAGCGGGAUUUGUCUCCGGAUCGAAGGCGACGACAAGCACCAGCAAGGCAACGGCACGACUCUACCUCACCCACGAGGCCCGAAGUGGUCCCGAACGAACGAGGACGCUCGCCUGAACGCACGGUGCAAGCACAUGCGCGCCACAGGUCGCCGUCGCCGUCACCCGGUCGACGACAGCGCACAAGGCAUGAUUCCUCGUCACCCCCGCCGCCGCAUCCUCAAGCGCGUGUGCGUCAUGACUCGCCAUCUCCUGAGCGACGACCACCACAGCGAGACCUUUCUCCGCCCCGUCGAAGAGCGCGACAUGACUCUCCUUCGCCCGACAGGGCUGCUGCCGCGGAUCUCUCACCUCCUCGUCGUCGCGCCCGCCACGAUUCGCCAUCGCCCAUACGUGCUCCGCAAGACUUGUCUCCACCUCGGCGGCGAGUUCGCCAUGACAGCGAGGGCGACCUGUCCCCACCUCGGCGCGUUCAGCAUGCCGAUUUCUCGCCCGUGCGACGCAGCAGCUGCAGCAGCAGCAACAACGCGACGGGGACUGCUCAUAAUCCCGUCGCAAUGAUCAUUUCACGUCACAUUCCAGCCGAUGCACAGUUCCCACCUUCUUCCGAAGACGCACAGACCGCUGAUGGCGAUGGCGAAACCGUCUACCGCGACAAGGCGACAGGCAAGCGUAUUGACAUGAGGCAGGAGCGACUGGCCCAGCGCGAGAAGGAAGCCAAGCAAGCGGAAGCCAUCGAGCGGCGACUUGCCUGGGGCAAGGGUGCCGUGCAAAAGCAGCAAGCCAUCGAACGGCGCGAAGAAGAGCUUGCACAAAUGUCCAAGCCGCUCGCCCGUUACGCUGGUGACGCUGACUUGGAGGCACAUCUGCGAGCGCAAGACCGCGAGGGUGACCCCAUGGCCGCUUUUUUGAACUCCCGGCCACAAGGGAAAGCAGAGUCAGGCGGUGCUGCUGGGGUCACAAAGCCCAAGUACAGAGGACCGCCACCUCCGCCAAAUCGCUUCAAUAUUCCCCCAGGUUAUCGCUGGGACGGUGUUGAUCGGUCGAACGGGUUUGAACGCCGUAUCGUUUCUGUCGCAAACAGCAAGGUGAUUCGAGAGCAACAAGCGUAUGCCUGGGUUGCCAAUGAUGAUUGAGCGAUGCGCGCUAAACGCUCGAUUUGACCAGGCAAAAUAAACGCAAAGUAUUGAACCAA